AAAAAAUAGAAAAAUAAAAAAACCAAUAUCAUUUUUUAGAAAAAUAAAAAAACUACUCUUAAUAUCUUCUUACAGUAAAAAUAAAAAAAUUACAUCGUAUUUUUAAUAAAAAAAUAAAAAAAAGGGCUAUUUGUGUUAUCUUUCCAAUUUAUUAUAUGAGUUUGCCACCUCAUCCAACAAGCAUUUUUAUGGGCUAUCAACCCUCUGAAAAACCAUAAUGGGCCCUUAUUUGUUACUGUUAGGAUAGAACUGGACCCACCUACUCACAUAGACAGACAUCGACAUAAGGCUGCUUGUAACCGUCUCAAACAUUCUGAAACGACAGCGAACGGGGAUAUCACCGCCGUGCACUGCGAGAUAUUUAUUUAUUUAUUUAUCUGUAGUCAACCGUUAAUGGCAGUUUUUCUUUUCCCUUUUCAAAUUGAAAUAAACCCGCCAAAAUCAGUCCUUCUAUUAUGGUCGUUCACAAUACUCAAGAACCAAAAAAUCAUAAAUUAAAAUAAAAAAGGUAGAGAAAACAAAAAUGGAAAAGCAAGCAAUAGUGAUUAUUUUAUGCUGCUUAGUGAGUUACUAUUUACUGGUAGCAAAUGUUAACGGAGUAGAGAUUUUAUCAAAAUCGAAGCUUGAAAAAUGCGAGAAAGCCUCCGACUCCGAUUCCGAUUCUCUCAAUUGCACUGCCAAAAUCGUUUUAAACAUGGCCGUUCCUAGCGGUUCUAGUGGAGGAGAAGCGUCUAUUGUGGCGGAGAUAGUGGAGGUGGAGGAGAAUUCGACAAGCAACAACAUGCAGACAUUAAGAAUACCACCGGUUAUCACUGUCAAUAAAUCUGCUACUUAUGCCCUAUACGAGCUUACAUAUAUACGUGAUGUUGCUUAUAAACCUCAAGAAUAUUAUGUUAAGACACGUAAAUGUGAGCGGGAUGCUGGUACAAAUGUUGUGCAGAUAUGCGAAAGGUUGCGGGAUGAAAAAGGUCAUAUUAUUGAGCAUACAGAGCCUACCUGUUGUCCCUGUGGACCCCAAAGAAGAGUACCAUCAUCAUGUGGAAACUUUUUUGACAAAUUAAUGAAAGGAAAGGCCAACACUGCACACUGUGUCAGAUUUCCAGGUGAUUGGUUCCAUGUUUUUGGCAUUGGACAAAGAUCAAUUGGAUUUAGCAUUCGAAUUGAGGUGAAGACAAGAUAUAAAGUUUCGGAAGUGAUCGUGGGCCCCGAAAAUAGAACAGCAACAUCCAAGGAUAAUUUUCUAAGGGUUAAUCUUAUUGGAGAUUUUGUUGGUUAUUCAAGUCUUCCUUCAUUUGAAGACUUUUACCUUGUCAUUCCAAGGCAGGGUGAGCCUGGUCAACCACAAGAUCUGGGGAUGAAUUUUUCAAUGUGGAUGCUGCUUGAGAGGGUCAGAUUUACGUUAGAUGGCAUUGAAUGCAAUAAAAUUGGUGUCAGUUAUGAGGCUUUCAACCAGCAGCCAAACUUCUGUGCUUCACCAUUCUGGAGUUGUUUGCAUAAUCAAUUAUGGAAUUACCGAGAUGCCGAUCAGAAUCGGAUUGAUAGGAAGCAAUUACCUUUGUAUGGUGUGGAAGGAAGGUUUGAACGGAUAAACCAGCAUCCAAAUGGAGGGACUCAUUCAUUCUCCAUAGGAAUCACUGAAGUUCUUAACACAAAUCUUUUGAUAGAGCUUAGUGCUGAUGAUAUAGAAUUUGUCUAUCAAAGGAGCCCUGGGAAAAUCUUAAAUGUCACUAUCCCAACAUUUGAAGCCCUUACACAAUUUGGAGUUGGUACAAUCACAACAAUGAAUACUGGGAAAGUGGAAGCAUCAUACAGUUUAACGUUCGAGUGCUCAAGAGGCGUCUCCCUUAUGGAGGAGCAAUUCUUUAUUAUGAAGCCAAACGAAAUUGCAAUACGAUCAUUUAAACUCUAUCCAACCACUGAUCAAGCUGCAAAAUACAUAUGUGCAGCUAUACUGAAGGAUUCUAAUUUUAAUGAAGUUGAUAGGGCAGAGUGCCAAUUCUCUACUAUUGCUACUAUUCUUGACAAUGGGUCACAGAUCACUCCCUUUCAACCUCCAAAGAAUAGUAAGAAUGGUUUCUUAGACUCUGUUGAAAGCAUUUGGAAUACAUUAUGGAAAGGUUUGGUUGACUUCAUCACUGGAAAAACUUGCAGAAGGAAAUGCACUAGUUUCUUUGAUUUCAGUUGCCACAUACAAUACAUAUGUAUGGGUUGGAUGGUGAUGUUUGGUCUUCUUUUGGCUAUUAUCCCACUAGUGCUUGUGCUUCUGUGGCUUUUACAUCAAAAAGGAUUUUUUGAUCCUCUUUAUGACUGGUGGGAAGAUCAUGUUUGUGCUGAUAAACAGAGACAUGGAUAUAUACAGAGACACAACAUUGAUAUCCACCACCAUCACAUUCAUGUUAAGCAACAUCACGAGUUGGGAGCAAGGCGCCGCAAGCAUGACGCUCAAUAUAAGCGGAGUACCCAUCGGGAGCAUAAGCAUAAUCAUUCAGGCGGGGAUACUGACUAUAAUUAUUACCUUCACCAUGUUUAUAAGGACAGAAGUAAACGUAGGAGUGCUAAGAAAUCAAGAAUCAAGCAGCACGGACUUUUGGAUGAAAUGGAGGAUGACAACAUUAAGCACCACAGACACAGAAAGGAAAAAGAACAUAAAAGGACUAUGUAGAUAACCAGUCAUAGCGAAACGAGAUGAAAUUACCAAGUUCAGUGUUGGCCUGCUGGAUGAUUCACAGCUUAAGCAGCUAGCUAAGUCCAGUAUAGUGGACUUAAAUGGGCAUUACCUGCUGUUGUAGAUUCAUCAUGAUGGACUAACAGUCUUAUCUCUUUCAUUUCUUCUGUAUAAUGGGUGGUGGGAUGGUUAUGAAUGAGGAGCGAAUAGAAAUAAAAUUUGAUCACUGUUUGUUGUAAAUAGAAAGGAUUUAACUGAAGCUUUUAUACUAACCGUCACAAGUAAAUAUUCAUUAUGAUAGGUGUACAAAUUGGAUAA